CAGUUUCAGCUAAAUGCUCAAUUUAUUCAUUUUUUGCAAAAAGUGGCCAUGGAUAACCCUGGCGCCAGCCUGUUUCAAGGAGCAGACAUACAGAUAAACAACUCAAAAAACAUUGAGGAGGAGGAAGACUUAGAGGACCAGCUACGGCGGAAGGAAGAGCUGCAAAACCUCCUCCAGGCCAACCUGGACGACUUCAACUAUGACGAAAGCACCAUUAACUCUUCAGCUAAUGUUUCUCUAGUCUCAACCAGUAACUUCGAGCAGCGCUACAAAGAUGCCAUUUCCCCGAAUGACCAGCUACAGGUUCUGUACGAUGUUAGGUGUAGGGAACUUCAAGAGUUAAAUGCAAAAUUCGAGAAGUUCAAAGUGGAGAAGAACAAGGAGCUGCAGUCUCAAACCCAACAGAAACUGUUGCUUGAAGGGGAAGUGAGGCAACUGAGCAUAUCGCUGAAAAACUGCGAAAAUUUACUGGUGGACAAAACCGAAACUAUCAACGACUUGAAUAAAACCCUCCAGCAAAAGGAGGCCGACAUAUCACAGAUGCAAACGCUCAUAGUGGAUCAUGAAAACGAAUUAACGGCCUACAGAUCGGAAGUGGCCGAGCUCCAUUUGAAGCUACAAGCCCGAAACGGCCCCUUCAACUUGAGCGCCAAAUUUAACUCUGAAGAAUUGAAAAAGUCCUUGCAAGUAAAAAUUGAGAAGCUGGAAAGCGCGCUUGAGGCCGAAACUAAGAAGCUGGAACAUUGCAGCGCAACAAAACAAGCCCUCCAAGACGAGGUUGAGAGGCUGGUGUUGGAUAAAAUGGCCCUUGAAAGCGACAACAGCAGCAUCAUCAAAACUCUGGAAGGCGCUCAACAGCAAUGCAAAGACCUAAUCGAAGUCAUAGAGGUUUUGAAGAAGGAAAAUGAACAUUUCAAGGGCAGAUUGGCUGAAGCGGAAAAAACCAAAAGGCGAAGCACUGAACUUGAGGAAGGCGAGAGCAUCAAUGAAAAACUCAAGAGAAUGAUGGUGGAUAAAUCCGUCGAACUGGACAGUCUCAAAGCAGAACUUCGAAGCUAUGUGGCUGAUCUCAAGGAACUAGCGGAAUAUCGACAACUAAAGUGCGAUCUAUUGAAAAAGGAGUUCCAGGCCUGUGACAAUCAAAGCCAUACAAAGGACCUGAUUUUGUUGCAAAACGAUCUGCACAACUACAAAAGACUGCUCGACGAUAAAACGCAACAAAUAACCAUUUUAAACUUGAAUAACCGAGACCUGAAAGAGAAAAUUGAGGAAAUGCUGUUGCAGACUAGAACAGAAAUUCAAAAUAUAUCCUCCAAGUAUAAUAUGCCUCAAUUGGAGAUUAUGAAGAAGGAACUGGAAAGGGCGGAAUGCACCGAGAGAAUGUUGACCAGCAAAUUGGAAGAGUCAGAGCAACGGCGAUUGAGUUUAUUGCAUAAAUUGGACACUCAAAGCAUUGAAGUCCUGCAGGAGCUGAAAAAGUGCCAGGAAGAUCUAAGACUUGCUAAAAAUUCGCUUGCCAACAAAGAAUGCGAACUAGAACUGAAAGCCACUGAGAUAUUUGACCUGCACAACGUGGUGAAAGAGCUGAAACUCGACUUAAAAAAAGCUUCUUCCUCUCAGGAAAAUAUGGGCGAUAAAAUAGCCAUAAAGGACGACUAUGAAGCCUUGAAAGUUCAGCUGAAAACCGUCAUGGCUCAUUUGGAAAACAAAUCUGGCUCUGGCAAAAAGGAACCUCCUGUGCUGGUGAAGCAAAUGCUGGAGACAAUGGAUGACUUUUUAAAGGAAAUCGAGGCUGAUUCGGUGGAAAAGGGCCUCAUUGAGGAAAAGGUCAACUCAUGGAAGAAAUUGCUGCAACAAAUCGAAGAGAAAGAUCCGGAUGAAAUUUUAAAAAACCAAUACAAGGAGGCAGUUGUGAACCUGCACGCGUCUGAAGCUAAAGUCAAAGACCUACAAGCCGUGGCUCAGAAUCUUACAGAAGAACUGGCCGGCUUAACCGAAGAAAAAUGCCGAUUGAAAAGAGAACUGAAUGAAUGUUCUACACAACUACAAAGCGCACGGGGUUUCAAGGAAAAUUUGGAGGAGAAAUUGAGCGAAAUCGGCACCGCCCUAAAAAAGCGCGAAGCGGAACUGGUAGCUUUGAAAUCGCGCGAGAAUCUGGGCAAAGAAGCCGAGUUAUUGAAAAAACAGUUACAAUGCAAGGAAAAACAGGUGAUCGAGGCAACUCGGGCGAUUGAGCGCUACGAACAAGAUCAGCGCGUAGCUAGAAAAUUGCUCGGAAAGAUGAAAGAGGACAUUGAUAGCCUGAAGAGCAAAAAUGAACAAUUAGAGCUCGGACUAAAGGAAGGUAAAAGCGCAGUGAAAUCCUCGAAGGACGUGGAAGCCCAAAAAGAUAUAUUUUCUAGAGAAGAAAUCAAGGCUCGAUUGGACGAGGAAGUUAUGAAAUGCGAGCUGAGACUGAGGGACGACCUGCAGAUUGAAUACCAGAAGCGAAUUAGCGACAUUGAGAAGCGAUACAAAAAAACCUUCAAAGAGACCACCGAUAUGUGCAAGCAGCAGAAGCUCGAUCUGGAGCAACAAGACAAAAAAUUCAGGGAGUAUCUAAAAGUCGUCCUAACAGAAUGCGAAACGUAUGCAACGAAACUAGAGAAGGAAAAGUGCGACUUGGCCAGCCAGUUGGAGGCGAUGAAAAACGACUUUGCGAAGUACAAGGCCUCUGUGAGCGAGAACGAGGACAAAUACCUGGAUUUGGUGAGAACAGCAGAAAACAAGUCUCAGAAAAAUCACGAGGCCUGGAAAGAGUACUCGAAAACAGUAGUUUGCGGCUGUUUGGACAUUGAGAGCACYAACAAAAACGUGCGGGACCGACUGCUGGAAAGCAUGGACCGAUACGAUCAGCAGGUGGCGGUUAUUCAGCGAUUAGCCGACGCUAAGCUGACGAAGAAGGCUUCAAGGAAAACCUAAAGCUCAAGAGUUACUUUAGUGUUUUAUUAUUAUAAGAUAUCAGACUAUGAAGGCUUUCACGGCCGGUCAGAUUACAUUUAGGAAUGUUUU